AAAAAAAGUUGCAGGGCCAGAGCAAAGCCGAGAAAGAGAGGCAAGAGGCCAAUAAGAAAGAGUGGGCCAUAUAUAUAUAGCCAGCUAAUCUGUUGUGCAGUGCGUUUUAUCAGCCAGCGAAAGAAACGAAAACGAAAGUCGGUCCAAGUCCAAGAGCUAAAGUCUCGGAGGUACAACGAAAAUCAAAAAAAAAAAAUUCAGAGACACGCGGAUCUCAUCUCGGUAAUGUCUCAAUAAAAGUUAAAAUAAUCUUAACUACCUACCGCCGGAAUGUAGGGAAAAGUGAAAAUAAAAGCGCUCAACGAGUUUCGAAAAGCAACAAAUAUAAUUGAAACGCCGAAAAUCAAAGUAGCUGAAAUCCGGGAGGGGCGACGAGGCAAGGAGGCGUGGCCAAUUGAGGUGAGGUGAAUCGUAGUGCGGUGACCUUCGGCGGACGGCGGCAAACAGCAAUCAAACAAGCCAUUUGAGAUAGCCAAACAAGCGCGCGGACCAAAUAUCUCGCACAAUACGCGCACUCGUGUACUAACAAAAACAAAUAAAUACAAAUAAAUACAAAUAAAUAUAAAUAUAAGCCAAGGUGACUAAGUACCGUGGCAGCAGCAGCAGCAGCAUGGAGAUCAGGCGCACCUCUCGACCAUAUCUAUGGGUCUUUCUGAUGCUGCUCGGCCUUUGGCUGGGCUCGGUUUUGGCCAAGGGCGCCAGCAAUCAGACCACCUCACAAACCUGGCAGCACCAACAGCAGCAGCAGCAGCAGCAGCAGCGAUAUCAAAGUCAGCUGCUCAAUGAAUCGCAAUCGGUGCCAGAGGAACUGGAGAUUUUGGAAACCACUUCGGCCAUUGUGAGUUCGCCGCAUGAAACCCAUUUGACGCGCACCUCCGUCAUUUUCGGGCUCACAAAAGUGGCCAACGAGAGCAGCGUCAGCCAAAAGUGCCAUGCGCAGCUGCGACAGGUGCAGCGCGGCAUACUGGGCAAACAGCCAUGGGCCAUGAAGGUUUUGGAUGCAUCGGGAACGAAACCCUCUGGCUUCGUAUAUGGCCAGAACUAUUGGCUGGGCAGUCGGGAAGCUUGUCGCGGAGUCCAAAGACCCGUGGGUAUAACCCUGUCGAAGAACUUCGAUCGUGUGAUGCACUAUGGAAUUAUUACCCAGAAGGCGCCCUUUGACAUGGACUACCGGGUACUGUACUUGCGGCACAGUUCACCCUGGCAGGUGGAGAUAAAGCUAAUGUCCGAGCAGAUAAUCCACAUCGGCUUGUGCCUCCCGAGUGCCUGCAGUUCGGAGGAGGUUAAGAGUCUGGCCCAGGACUACGUAGCUGGAGGAACAUUUGCUGAAAACGAGAUCUUUGAUAUCCGACCGGAAGUGGUCUAUAUGAAGGAUCUGCAGUUGAAGGAGCAGUUCUUCGAGAGAGCCAGCUUCCGACUUUUGGUGGCCUGUGUCCUCGCCACUGGAGUUCUGAUGCUUUGUGCUCAGCAACUGACGGCCACCAAAAAGUUGGAAUCUUCCACUGAGGAACCCGAACCUGGUUUGGCACCCGCUGAAUCUGAAUUGUGGCGUGGACUUAACUCCCUUCUGCAAUUGGAAAGGCUACAGAAAUUUAUACCCUGCUGGGAUGUACCCGCCAACUGGGCCAAGAUAUUUGCAGUGCGGGAGAAUUCUCCGAAUGAAAUUCCCUUGAUGAACGGACUGCGAUCGGUGUGCGCCAUCUGGAUAAUGGUGUUCCACGUGGUGUGGUUCAUGUACUUCACGGUUCACAACAAGACGGUACUGAUUUCGUAUGCAGAACAGGCCUUUUUCCAGUACGUUUCAUCGGCGCCUCUGCUCGUGGACGUCUUCUUUACCAUCAG